UCGUAGUUUAUUUAUACUGAGAAAGGAACCAAGGCUGAUUCUUUUGUAGUGUUCAAAUAUGGCUUCCAAAUCAUUCAAAGGAAGCCGAUCAAACCUAUCAACGUCUUCAGAUGCUCAUGAUGCACACAGACCACCAUUACCUCCAACUGUGACAUUUGGCCGGAGAACUUCCUCUGGUCGCUACAUCAGCUACUCACGAGAUGAUCUUGACAGUGAGCUUGGAAGUAGUGAUUUCAUGAACUACACAGUACACAUACCGCCCACCCCUGAUAAUCAACCCAUGGAUCCAUCAAUCUCACAGAAGGUUGAGGAACAAUAUGUUUCGAAUUCACUCUUUACGGGAGGUUUCAAUAGCGUUACUCGAGCACAUCUCAUGGAUAAGGUGAUUGAAUCUGAAGCAAACCAUCCCCAGAUGGCUGGUGCAAAAGGGUCUUCAUGUGCAAUCCCAGGGUGUGAUGCGAAGGUGAUGAGUGAUGAGCGUGGUGUGGAUAUUCUCCCUUGUGAGUGUGAUUUUAAAAUAUGUAGGGACUGCUAUAUUGAUGCAGUGAAAACUGGAGGUGGGAUUUGCCCAGGAUGUAAGGAGCAAUACAAGAAUUUAGAUCUGGAUGAGGUGGCCGUGGAUAAUGGGCGGCCACUACCACUUCCUCCUCCAGCUGGAAUGUCCAAAAUGGAAAGAAGGUUAUCUUUGAUGAAGUCAACAAAGUCGGUGCUGAUGAGGAGCCAAACCGGGGAUUUUGAUCACAAUCGGUGGCUGUUUGAGACUAGAGGAACUUAUGGUUAUGGUAAUGCUAUAUGGCCAAAGGAUGGGAAUUUUGGAAAUGGGAAAGAUGAUGAUGUAGCAGAGCCACAAGAAUUGAUGAGCAAACCCUGGAGGCCACUUACACGAAAAUUAAAGAUACCUGCUGCUGUUCUCAGCCCAUAUAGGCUUCUAAUUUUCAUUCGGAUCGUUGUUCUUGCAUUGUUUUUGAUGUGGAGGGUAAAAAACCCAAACAAUGAUGCAAUUUGGCUGUGGGGAAUGUCUGUGGUUUGUGAAAUCUGGUUUGCUUUUUCAUGGCUUCUUGAUCAACUUCCCAAGCUGUGCCCUGUUAAUCGUGCUACAGAUCUUAAUGUCCUGAAGGAUAAAUUUGAAGCACCUACCCCCAACAACCCCACUGGAAAAUCUGACCUUCCAGGCGUAGAUGUCUUUGUAUCUACUGCUGAUCCAGAGAAAGAACCACCUCUUGUCACUGCAAAUACUAUCUUGUCAAUUUUAGCUGCUGACUACCCUGUGGAAAAGCUUGCUUGUUAUGUUUCUGAUGAUGGUGGAGCACUUCUAACUUUUGAGGCCAUGGCUGAAGCAGCAAGCUUUGCUAACAUUUGGGUUCCAUUUUGUCGGAAGCAUGAUAUUGAGCCCAGAAAUCCAGAGUCGUACUUCAAUUUGAAACGGGAUCCUUACAAGAACAAAGUGAAGUCAGAUUUUGUCAAGGAUCGUAGACGAGUUAAACGUGAGUACGAUGAGUUCAAGGUCCGGAUCAAUGGGUUGCCUGAAUCUAUCCGUCGCCGUUCUGACGCUUAUCAUGCUAGGGAGGAAAUCAAGGCCAUGAAGACGCAGAGACAGAAUAGGGAGGAUGAACCUGUGGAGAGUGUGAAGAUUCCGAAAGCCACCUGGAUGGCUGAUGGUACCCACUGGCCAGGAACGUGGUUGACCCCUUCCAGUGAGCACUCUAAAGGUGACCAUGCUGGUAUAAUACAGGUGAUGUUGAAACCUCCCAGUGAUGACCCACUACAUGGAACAGCUGAUGAUGCCAAGCUCAUUGAUCUGACUGAUGUUGACAUCCGUCUCCCAUUACUGGUUUAUGUUUCUCGUGAGAAGCGUCCUGGCUAUGAUCACAACAAGAAGGCAGGAGCCAUGAAUGCAUUGGUUCGAGCCUCUGCCAUUAUGUCUAAUGGGCCCUUCAUUCUCAACCUUGACUGUGACCACUACAUCUACAACUCUCAGGCAAUGAGGGAAGGCAUGUGCUUCAUGAUGGAUCGAGGGGGUGAUCGCCUUUGUUAUGUGCAGUUCCCUCAGAGAUUUGAGGGUAUUGAUCCUUCUGAUCGAUAUGCCAAUCACAACACUGUCUUUUUUGAUGUUAACAUGAGAGCCUUAGAUGGACUUAUGGGACCAGUUUAUGUUGGAACUGGAUGUCUCUUUAGGAGGAUUGCUCUAUAUGGGUUUGAUCCACCUCGGUCAAAAGAACACCAUCCAGGUUGCUGCAGCUGCUGCUUUUCCCGUCGAAAGAAGCAGUCCAUUGCUAACACCCCAGAAGAGAAUCGGGCCCUAAGAAUGGGUGACUCAGAUGAUGAAGAGAUGAACCUCUCUCUGCUCCCUAAGAAGUUUGGUAACUCAACUUUCCUCAUUGACUCAAUCCCGGUUGCAGAGUUCCAAGGUCGACCCCUUGCCGAUCACCCAGCUGUGAAGAAUGGUCGCCCACCUGGUGCUCUUACCAUCCCCCGUGAACUUCUUGAUGCCUCAACUGUUGCAGAGGCUAUUAGUGUCAUCUCUUGCUGGUAUGAAGACAAGACUGAGUGGGGAUCUCGUGUAGGGUGGAUUUAUGGGUCUGUUACUGAAGAUGUGGUCACUGGCUAUAGGAUGCACAACAGAGGAUGGAAAUCAGUUUAUUGUGUGACCAAACGUGAUGCCUUCCGUGGAACUGCUCCAAUCAAUCUCACUGACCGACUUCAUCAAGUCUUACGGUGGGCAACUGGUUCAGUUGAGAUUUUCUUCUCCCGUAACAAUGCCCUUCUUGCCAGCCCUAGAAUGAAGUUUCUCCAAAGGAUAGCGUACCUCAAUGUCGGAAUCUAUCCCUUUACUUCCAUCUUUCUCAUUGUCUAUUGCUUUCUCCCUGCUCUCUCCCUCUUCUCUGGCCAGUUCAUCGUCCAGACCCUCAAUGUAACUUUCCUAGUCUACCUCCUUACCAUUACUAUCACUCUAUGUUUGCUAGCUGUGCUUGAAAUUAAAUGGUCUGGCAUUGAGUUAGAGGAAUGGUGGAGAAAUGAGCAGUUUUGGUUGAUUGGAGGAACUAGUGCCCACCUUGCUGCCGUGCUUCAGGGGCUACUAAAAGUUGUCGCGGGGAUUGAAAUUUCUUUCACCUUGACAUCAAAAUCAGGUGGUGAUGAUAUAGAUGAUGAGUUUGCUGACCUCUACACUGUGAAAUGGACGUCUCUCAUGAUCCCACCAAUCACAAUCAUGAUGGUUAACUUAAUCGCAAUAGCAGUCGGGUUUAGCAGAACAAUAUACAGUGUCAUACCACAAUGGAGCCGCUUAAUAGGUGGAGUUUUCUUCAGUUUCUGGGUUUUGGCACAUCUCUAUCCUUUUGCAAAAGGACUUAUGGGAAGAAGAGGGAGGACUCCUACCAUUGUUUUUGUGUGGUCAGGACUUAUUGCAAUCACCAUCUCCCUUCUUUGGGUGGCGAUCAAUCCCCCGUCCGGUACUAACCAAAUCGGGGGCUCGUUCCAGUUCCCAUAAUAGGCCAUUCUUUUGUGUUAAGUUGAAUCUGUCUAGUGACAUUCCUUCAUUACAUUCUUUUCUUCUUACAACUUAAUCAUGCUGGUGAAAACACUAGUAACAUCAAAUUACUUGUUCCCAUUUAAGCUUUUUAUCUAGCCAGAAUGCUUGGAAAAAUUUAGGAAAAGUUUAGAUGGGGGGGGACCUGGAAAUUCCUGGCAUUUUGUUCUUAUAUUGUAUCAUGUCUUACAAGGAUGAUCACCAUUUUUCCUGGAUUUUUGUUACAAGGUUCCUUCUUUAUGUUUA